GAAAAUGCCCUGAAUUGUCGUCAACCUUGACGGCCCCAUGCGCACAGACCGUUCUCUUCAAUCUUCUUCUUCUUCUUCUUCUUCUCUCCCUCGCUUUCUCAGCCCAGAUCGAUCUUUGAAUCUUUGAUUCUUUUUAAUUCAACUAUUUUCUCCUCGCUCUCUUCAUAAACCAAUGCAUUGAGACACACGGAUCGUUCAAGGAAAAGAGAAAAAGAAAACUUUGUUCUUCUUCAUUAAUAAUAUGAAGAAUCGAAGCAGUGAGAAGGGAUCAGUGAAAUGGGUUCUCAUUCUCGCCAUCUCCAGCUUCACGCUUGGAAUGUUCUUCACAAACAGGAUGUGGGCUCCUCCCGAAUCAAAUGGUCAGAUCAUAUCUCGUCGAAGAAAAGAACAGGAGUUGAAAGAUUUUUCUGGGGAUUGUGUCACAAAACAGAAGCUUGGAGAGAAGGAUAUAAUGGGGGAGGUUUACAGGACCCACGAAGCAAUUCAGCCCGUCAGAUCUUUAGAUAAGACUAUUUCAUCUCUUCAAAUGGAGCUAGCGGCAACAAGGAAUGCUCAGGAGGUGGGAAUCAGCGAGACUCAUACAAUUCACGAGGGCACACCGAAGAAGAAGGCGUUUGUAGUCAUUGGAAUAAACACUGCAUUUAGUAGCAGGAAGAGGCGUGAUUCGGUCAGAGAAACUUGGAUGCCUCAAGGGGAGAAACUACUUCAACUGGAGCGAGAGAAGGGCAUUGUAAUACGCUUCACAAUCGGGCACAGUGCAACUUCCAACAGCAUUUUAGACCGAGCUAUUGAUAUGGAAGAUGCACAGCAUAAGGACUUUCUGAGGCUGGAACAUGUUGAGGGGUAUCAUGAACUUUCUGCUAAAACAAAAAUCUUCUUUUCCACUGCUGUUGCAAUGUGGGAUGCUGAAUUCUAUGUCAAAGUGGAUGAUGAUGUCCAUGUCAAUUUGGGUAUGCUAGCUGCAACUCUUGCCCGUCACCGUUCUAAGCCCAGAGUCUACAUGGGCUGUAUGAAAUCAGGACCUGUUCUUUCUCUGAAGACUGUCAAGUACCAUGAACCAGAAUACUGGAAAUUUGGGGAGGAGGGAAACAAAUACUUCCGGCAUGCUACUGGACAGAUAUACGCGCUCUCAAAAGAUCUGGCCAAAUAUAUCUCAGUCAACCAGGCCAUACUGCACAAGUAUGCUAAUGAAGAUGUGUCACUUGGUUCUUGGUUUAUUGGUCUUGAAGUUGAGCACAUCGAUGAACGCAACAUGUGCUGUGGUACCCCACCAGAUUGUGACUGGAAGGCACAGGCAGGCAAUGUGUGCAUUGCCUCAUUUGAUUGGAGCUGCAGUGGAAUUUGCAAAUCUGUGGAGAGGAUCAAGAGUGUUCAUGCAAGAUGUGGUGAAGGAGAUGGAGCUGUUUGGAGUGCUCUAUUUUAAGUUACUAGGAUAAGAAGGUGUUACUCAAUGUCUGUGGUAUCAUAUUUCCACUACUGAGGCAAGCAAAAUUUCUUUAGUGAAGCAUCGAUAGACAGUUUUGACGAUACAGACAAGAGAGAACAAUGCAGUUAGAGAUGGAUCAUUGGCCCUCUACUAUGCCUGUACAUCUCAUGGAAAUCCGUUAGGGGAUUGUUACGUGGGUUCCGAAUGGCAUGAGCUACACCGAAAUACUUUCUUAUUGUUGGCUGUUCCUCUGGUUCAGGGCAUAGUCAGAAAUAUAGUUACUUCCCUUGUGUUUUAUUCUUUUGGGGUUAGGAUAACGUUAGGAUAUUUAUACAGAGAAAUCAAUUGUCUCAUGUGGGGGCUGUCUAUUGUUGGUGUUGGAUGUAUUAGUGAAUGUCUGUUACUCGUUAGUAUACUAAAGCUCUGCAGCCCCCAUUUUUAUAUCAUCAAGAUGAAGCUUGUGCAUAGAUUAUAAUCAAUAUGCAAGAAUGAAGCAUUUUAGAUGUACUCAAU